AUGAGCCCCACGGUGCCCGGUGCCCCACAGCAGCAACAACAGCAACAACUUCAGCAGCAGCAGUUACAACUGCAGCAGUUACAGCCUUUUUUGUCGCGCCAGCCGCCGGCGACCCGCGUCGACACGGAGCUGGCCCCGCGCGCCGUCGCCAGCCCCAAGGACGGCGGCGGCGGCCUCUCCGCAGCCGAGGAGUCAGCCGCGGUCAAAAGACAGCACGGCCCCUCGCCGGCCCCGUCGCCCGCGGACCUGAGUCUGCCGGCGACCGCAACGACGUCAGCCGCGCCUUCGAGGCGCGAGCGCGAGCCCGCCGAACUGGGCGGGCCUGACUCGGCCGGGCCCGGGAUGGCGUACCCGGCGCCGGCCGCUGCCCUUAGCCGGCACUCGCCCUUCACCCCGACGGGCAACCCCAACGGCCGACUCCCGGCCCCGGCCGCCCCCCGGCCCACGGACUUUAGCGUAUCCACGCUCCUCACCGCUGCGAGUAGCCAUCCGGGCCAGUUGGGCGGCUCCUCCUCGCAGGGGAGCGGCUCGCCGCCGACCGGCGGCCCCGGCAGUCCCGCCGCGGCCCCGGAGACACCGCCGCCGCAACGGGCAGCCGGGGAGCUGGCCUCGCAAGCCUCCUCGGCAUCGGUCGCCGCGGCGAGCUACUUCGGGGCGGCGGCCCUCGCGGCCGCGGGUUUCUACGGCCCGGGGGCCCAUCUCUCGCCCGCCGCCUCCCCGACCGCCGCCCACCAUCUCCAGAGCAAGUCAAUGCUGGGUGGCGGACAUCAUCAUCCACAGUUCAACCCCCAGGGUAUCGGUCCACCAGGUCUGGGACUCGGUCCACAAACAACGGAGGAGGCCCACGCGGUGCUGGCAGCCGCCGCAGCCGCGGCCCUCCAUCAUCAUCACCAGGGUGCCGGGGCUGGGGGCCCGGGCUCGAUGAGGCCCCUGAGGCCACCCCUGCCCCCUGGGAUGCUUCAUACCUCGCCGCAUCCUUUGGCCGGUCACCACCCACUAGCGGGACCGCAUCCUCACCUCGUGCCACCCCAUCCGGAGGAGGACGGGAUCGUCGACGAUCCCAAGGUCACCCUCGAGGGUAAAGAGCUCUGGGAAAAGUUUCACAAGCUCGGCACGGAGAUGGUCAUCACGAAGAGCGGCCGGCAGAUGUUCCCGCAGAUGAAGUUCCGUGUAUCGGGGCUGGAUGCCAAAGCCAAGUAUAUCCUGUUGCUGGACAUCGUGGCGGCCGACGACUACAGAUACAAAUUUCACAACAGCAGGUGGAUGGUGGCUGGUAAGGCGGAUCCCGAAAUGCCGAAGAGGAUGUACAUCCAUCCGGACUCGCCUAGCAGCGGCGAACAAUGGAUGCAGAAAGUCGUAAGCUUCCACAAGCUCAAACUCACAAACAAUAUCAGCGACAAGCACGGCUUUGUAAGUACUACGAUAUUGAACUCGAUGCACAAGUACCAGCCGAGGUUUCAUCUCGUCAGGGCUAAUGAUAUUUUGAAGCUGCCCUACUCCACCUUCAGAAGUUAUGUUUUCAAGGAGACGGAAUUCAUUGCGGUCACGGCCUAUCAGAACGAAAAGAUAACGCAGCUGAAAAUCGACAACAAUCCGUUCGCUAAAGGAUUCCGGGAUACAGGCGCGGGGAAGCGCGAAAAAAACAGACAGGCACUACUGACAGUCUCGGGUGGAGGUUCCCGGCUCAGCGGGAGCGGCGGCCACGGAGGCCCCGGCUCACCGGACAAGAGGCGCUCCUCCAGCUCCGGCAUCGACUACCUCGACGACGAGGACAAGCUCCUGGACGUCGUUGGGCCCGACACGCCGCAUCCGGCGCAUCAGCGCUCGCGCUCGCGCGACCGCGAGGAUCGGGGUACCUUGAGCGAUCGGGGCGACGGAAGCGAAUCUUCCGGCUCGGAGAGCGGCGGUACCGGUGGCCUCGGCUCAACCGGCCACCACGGCGCCUCCGACGGACCCCGACCCGACGUCUCGGUCGGGCCGCCCCUUCACCCGCCGCUCCUCCCCUACCUCUAUCCACCGGUGCCGGGGCUCUAUCCCGGUCCCGGCCACCUCAUCCCGCCUAAUCCUCUGGGCCUACACGGGGGCGUCACCCCGGGCAUGCUCUUCAACGCCCAACUGGCCCUCGCGGCCUCCCAGCACCCGGCGCUCUUCGCCCACUACCCCCAUCCUCUCGCGAGUCCACUACACCAACUCAAGGGCCACAGGUUCGCCCCGUACGCGCUGCCGCCGCACGCGCCCUCUCACGGCUCGGCCUUCGAGACGGUGACGCCCGGUAGUCGAGGCACCCUGAGCCCCAGAUCACCGCCCCCGAGGCCACCGACGGGCUCGCCGAGUCCCGCGGCAGCGAGCGUCGUCGCGAGCGCCACUGGCGAGCUCAAGUCCAUCGAGAACAUGGUGAACGGGCUGCAGGAUAAGAGGCCGCGCGCGAGCCCGGGCCUCGCGGAAGCCGGUGGCGGGAGCCCGUGACAGGAGCAGCGGCGCGCGUCCAACAGCCUCCCGGACGGGGCCUCGGAAACGAGGGUCGAGACCGAGCCGGCCGAGGAUGAGCCGCCCGGCAGGCGCCGGGGUCCGGGCAACUCUCGCUCGCUGGACGAGGAGAGGGCGGGGACGCAGCCCGACUCGACCUCCGAGCCGUCCUCGUAGCCGAGGCUGCUUGUCGAACCUAGUUAUUAAACAAAGUGCAAUUGGAUGGACGACGGGAGGGGCGCCGGAUUGCGCCCGCCCGUGUACAUAGCUGUCGAGCACCAUACUAGCGGAUUACGUAAACGACAUUUCGGUGUGGACGGGGGCCUGGUGAACCUGAACGGGACAGACCUCGUAGGAGGUGUCUGCGAGCCUGUUUAUCGCCGCCCGGUGCUGAACUCGAAUUGGUCCCUUCCGGGCGUUCGCCCGGUACAAGAAUGAGCGAUAGCGUCAUCGCUAGCAGCACCGCCGUUCCCACCACCAAUACCAUGACCAUCACCACGAUUACC